AUGGACAAAGAGAACUGUUCUUCAUUUCCAGAAUUCUUUCUCUUGGGAAUUACAAGUAAGCAUGACAUGAAAGCAGUCUCAUUCAUGGUGUUUCUGGUUGUUUAUCUCACUAUUCUGUUGGAAAACUUAGGAAUGAUCACAUUGAUCAGAAUGGAUCCCCAGCUUCACACACCAAUGUACUUCUUCCUCAGCCACCUCUCUUUCUCUGACCUCUGCUAUUCCACUGCAGUUGGACCAAGGAUGCUGGUGGACCUACUUGCUGAAAAACAUUCAAUUACUUUUGUUGGCUGUUUCCUACAGCUCUUGUUUGUCUAUGUCUUUAUAGAUGUUGAAUGCAUGCUGCUGGCUGUGAUGGCUUUUGAUCGAUACAAGGCCAUCAGUAACCCCUUGCUUUAUGCUGUGGACAUGUCCAGCAAAGUCUGCUACCAAUUCUUAACAUUAAUCUACCUGGCAAGUGCUGUAGAUGGUUUGAUCCAUACAACAUUGGCAUUCAGUUUAUGUUUUUGUGGCUCUACCCAGAUUAAUCAUUUCUUCUGUGAUUUACCACCACUUUACCUCCUUUCCUGCUCUGACACACAAAUUAAUGAGCUGGUUGUAUUUACCCUUUUUGGAUUCAUUGAACUGAGCACCAUCUCAGGAGUCCUUGUAUCUUAUGGUUACAUCAUCUCAUCUGUCUUAAAGAUUAGCUCUGCUGGGGGCCGUUUCAAAGCUUUCUCCACCUGUGCCUCCCACCUGACUGCAGUUGGGAUCUUCCAGGGGACCAUGCUCUUCAUGUAUUUCAGACCAAGUUCUGCCUACUCUCUAGACCAAGACAAAAUGACCUCGGUCUUUUACCUGCUCACUAUACCCAUGAUGAACCCUCUGAUUUACAGCCUAUGGUCAAGGAUGUGUUAG